AUGUCGGCAGACCAGAUAUACUCAGCCAAGUACUCGGGGGUUGAUGUUUACGAAUUCAUCCACCCCACCGGGUCGAUCAUGAAAAGGAAAGAGGACGACUGGGUUAAUGCUACGCACAUUUUGAAAGCAGCUAAGUUCGCCAAAGCGAAAAGGACUAGAAUAUUGGAGAAAGAGGUUAUCAAGGAUACCCACGAGAAAGUGCAGGGUGGUUUUGGAAAAUACCAGGGAACAUGGGUUCCACUGGAUAUAGCCAGGAGCUUGGCCGCAAAGUUUGAAGUGCUUGGAGAAUUGAAACCGCUUUUCGAUUUUACACGAACUCCAGGCUCUGAGUCUCCCCCGCAAGCUCCCAAGCACCACCAUGCAUCACGCGCAGACUCGGCUAAAAGGCGUAAUACUAGGACAGCUUCCUCUGCACAGGCUAAAUCUUCAGAGCCAUCUAGCUCGUCAGCCACACCCACAGUACCGCGAAGAAGAGGGAGACCGCCUUCCAACAAGAACAAAAAGCCUGUUGCUAACUUGGAAAGGUCCCAGAGCGAUAUGGUGUUUCCCAGACCUGCAAUACCAGUUUCUAGUAUAAACUCCACAAGGUUGCCAUCUAUUCAGAGUCCUCUACAAAGGACCAUAAGCUUAGACCCUGUGAUAAUUAGAGAGUCGGGUGGUAGCCCGCAACAGUUCAAGGAGCUAGAUAUUGAAGAUGGCCUGUCAAGUGAUAUCGAACCGGCUGGUGUUUCGAAAAUUGAGAUCGCACAAUCCUCGUCCCCCUCACUUCCAACAUCGCCAAGCGGAUUAUCCGAGGAUAACACUUUUGAUCAACGAGCGCUUAACGUGUCUACAACGAAUGGAGAAAUAGGUAGUGCUACGUCUCCUUUGUCCGCCAUGAUUCCAAGGUUUCCCAGCCAGUCUUUCUCACAAGCAUCUGAUAUUAGUGCAAAGGUGAACGACUACCUUUCAAAACUCGUUGAUUUCUUUGUGUCUACCGAGCUGCAAGCCGAAGACACUACGCCAACAGAACUUUUAUACCCUCCACAGAAUAGCGCCCCUUAUAUUGACGCUUGGAUUGAUCACGAGCAUCAUACUGCCUUUCAUUGGGCUUGCGCAAUGGGAAAUCUAGCAAUCGUUGAAGCCCUUUACAACGCAGGAGCAAGCACCAGGGCUGUUAAUGUUAGAGGCGAAAACCCCUUAAUUAGGUGUUCCAUCUUUCACAACUCGUUUACCAGACGCUCCUACUCCAGGAUCUUUCAAUUACUCCAUGAGACAGUAUUCGAUGUUGACUCUAAGUUGCAGACUGUGAUUCACCACAUAGUGGAAAGAAAAUCUUCUACACCGUCAGCAGUAUGUUACCUGGAAGUGUUAUUAUCAAAACUCAAGGAUUUCUCGCCCAGGUACAGGAUAGAAAACUUAAUCAACGCCCAAGACCAGAACGGCGAUACCGCUGUGCAUCUCGCAGCCCAGAAUGGUGAUAAAGUGUUUUUUCAAACAUUAGUCCAACAUGGGGGGCUUUCUACAAUAAAAAACAGUCGGGGGCUCACUGCGACUGAGAUUCUAAACCAGAGCCUUCCAUCAACGCAGAUACCCUUAGCAAGCAAUGGAAAAUUCAAACAAAACGUGGCACCCUCGUCACCUUCGGACUUUUUCAUGUACCCCUCGAAGUCUGCGACCCGCUUAAGCAGGGCUAUACCUGAAGUCGUAAAUGUCAUGAAGGAGAUGGCUGACGGCUACAACAGAUUGCACCAGGCGAGAGAAACGGAUGUUACUAACUUGGAAAAAACGUUGAAGAACAUGAAAAAAACCGUCUCCACUGUGAGAUUCAAAACAAUUGAAGCGCUGGAAGCUGAUAAAGAGUUGGAUCCAGUCCAAAUGAUGGAUGUCAGAUUCAAUGAGGUGCAGCUACUACGACACACUUUAGCAGAUUGCCAAAAUAAUAUGAUCAAUCGACUUGAGAGAGGCCAGUCGCGGCAGCUAUCAUCUUUGGUUGAAGAUCAAGAAGCUCGUGUUGCAAAGCGUUCAAGAAGGGAACCAGGAGACGACAAAAUAGAGCAGUUCAAGCUGGCACUUAAGCUGACUCAAUUACAACUGAAACGAAAGCAAAAACUGUUCCACAUCUUGCGAGUCAUAAGCGACAACUCCAAGAUCCACAAAUACCGAAAAAUGAUAUCGCAAGGAACUGAAAUGGAAGUCGACGAAGUGGAUAGUUGCUUGGAUGUUAUUUUACAAAGUUUGCGUAAAAGCCUAUAG